AGUCCUCCCAUAGCCACCCUGCGUUGUAUGCACAUGCGCCAUGUUGUUCUUCCUGUCUAUCCGUGCUACCCCCUUCCCUGUCCCUCGCUGCGCGCUCUUGCGCCAUGCUGUUCCUGCGCGCAGCCGCGCUCCCUGGGUUCUGGCUCUUGUGUGUGCGCCGAGUACAACACGCCCUGAGCCCCACGGAGACUCGGCCAAGUCCGGUCCGCACUGUCAACGCCGGGAUCAGGGUCUGGGGGAGCGCGUGGGCGGGGGGCGGUCCCGUGCGUGGUGGGGGCGGGGAGGACUCUCAUGAGGAUGAGGAAAAAGAGGAGGAUGAACUGCUCCGCGCCCCGCCCCUCCUGCCCUCUGAAGCGCAGCGCGUGUUCGUCCUCCACCCUGACGUCAGGCGCCAGCCCGGAAAAAAGCGGCGAAGCACAGCGGAGUGGCAGGUGGCGGAGGCGGCCGCGCUGGUGCGCGCGCUUCCGGGAUGGGCGGUCGUGCGGACGCUGGUGGUGCCCAGCGCAGCGCCUGGCAGCAAGGUGGUUUUCGGCAAGGGCAACUUUCAGGACCUGACAGAAAAGAUCAAGGGAUGCCAGGACUUCACAUCUGUGUUCCUGAACGUGGAGAGGAUGGCGCCACUAACCAAGAAGGAGCUGGAGACCGCGUGGGGCUUGCCUGUGUUCGACAGAUUCACCAUAGUCCUGCACAUCUUCCGCUGUAAUGCACGCACGAGGGAAGCCCGGAUGCAGCUGGCACUGGCAGAGAUCCCGCUUCUCAGGUCCUCUGUGAGCGGCGACUCUGCGCUGCAGGACCAGCAAGGCUGGGGCUCCCGGUACAUCAUGGGGUCAGGAGAGUCACCCACGGAGCUGCGUGCCCGCGCACUCAGGGACCGGGAGCUUCGGCUCCGGAGUAUCCUGGAGCGGCUGCGGGAUAAGCGGAGACUGAUGCGGAGGGAGCGUGUGCGGCGCGAGUUCCCCGUGGUGUCAGUAGUGGGAUACACCAACUGUGGGAAGACCACACUCAUCCAGGCUCUGACCGGUGAGGCUACUUUGCAGCCGCGCGACCAGCCGUUCGCCACUCUGGAUGUCACAGUACACGCAGGGUUGCUGCCCUCGCGCCUGCGCAUCUUGUACAUGGACACUAUUGGCUUCCUGUCCCAGCUGCCACACAGCCUGAUUCAUGCGUUCUCUGCCACACUGGAGGACGUAGCUUACUCGGAUGUACUGAUGCACGUGACUGAUGUGAGUCACCCUGAUGCAGAGCUGCAGAAGGCCACGGUGCUGUCCACACUGCGAGGCCUGCAUCUGCCCCCUGCACUGUUGGAGUCAGCGUUGGAGGUUCACAGCAAAGUGGAUCUGGUGCCAGGGUACACUCCACCAUGCUCUGGGGCCCUGGCCGUGUCUGCAAUCUCAGGGCGUGGACUAGACGAGCUGAAGGCUGCACUGGAGGCGUCAGUGCUGCAUGCCACAGGCAGACAGGUGCUUACACUGCGUGUGCACCUUGAAGGACCCCAGCUUGGCUGGCUUUAUAAGGAGGCAGUGGUGCAGCAGGUGCAGGAGCUGCCUGAGGGUGGUGUGGCCCACGUGACCGUCAUCAUCACCCAGGCUGCCUAUGGCCGGUUCAGGAAGCUGUUCCCCAUUGAUGCCUCUUCUGUCACCCCACACUGACGGACAGUUUAUUAAAGCAGGAUAUGCACUGUG